GGCUGUGCUGGGACCAUAAUGACCCUAAACCCACUUACCUGUGGCUCAGACCACGCUGUGUGGGUGAGGGGAUCCUCUGGGAUGGCUGGGAAUUGGGGGCACGGCCGCUGCCCACGGCCCCACUCGGGACUCUGGUCCCUGCCAGGCGUCUCCUCGGUGCAACACGUGGCCCUGAUUGGUUUAAAGUCUGAGUGUUAUCACCCACCCCAAGCCGGGGUUCAUACAAUCAAUAGCAAAGCAGCCCGGUGCCGUCGCUGCUGCCCCUGCUCGGCCGCUGCCAUGGGCUACGUGUCCUUGGUGAACAGGACCCGAAGGCUGCUCCGCAUCCAGAACCAGCUGGCAAGAGAAUGCCUGGCCGAGCUGCUGGCCGUCUUCGUGCUCAUUCUGAUCACACUGGGAGGAUCUGCACAGAUGGUCACCAGCUCCGGGACCAAAGGGAACAUCAUCACCUCCUCGCUGGCGGGCGCCCUGGCCGUCAUGGUGGCCAUCUACACAGCAGGGGGGGUCUCUGGAGCUCACCUGAACCCGGCUUUCUCCCUCUCCAUGUCCCUGUUGGGGCAGCUCCCGUGGUGGAAGUUCCCCAUCUUUGUGGCCGUUCAGAUCUUUGGGUCCUUCAUUGCUGCCGGAGCCGUCUAUGCUCUGUAUUACGACGCCAUCUGGUCCUACAGCAACGGGACCCUCACCACCUCCGGGCCAAGGGAGACGGCCUCCAUCUUUGCCACGUACCCCGCCGAGCAUCUCUCCCUCCCCAAUGGCUUCCUGGACCAGGUUGUGGGCACGGCGGUGCUGAUCGUGGGCAUCCUGGCCAUCACCGACACCCGUAACCGCGCCGUGCCGCGGGGCCUGGAGCCGCCGGCCGUGGCUCUGCUGGUGCUGUCCAUCGAGGUGUCCAUGGGCUCCAAUUGUAGCUGCCCCAUGAACCCAGCACGGGACCUCGGCCCGCGGCUCUUCACCUUGUUGGCAGGUUGGGGCACCGAGGUGUUCAGCAGGGGCAGCUGGUGGUGGUGGGUGCCGGUGCUGGCCCCGCUGGUCGGGGCUGUGCUGGGCACGGCGCUCUACCAGCUCUUCGUGGCCUUCCACCACCCCGACGAAGAGGAGCUGGACGGCGGCCGGGCGUGCAGGCAGACCAGGCACUGACGGCCAUGACCCCAUUAAAGAGCCGAGCCGCGGCCCACGCGUGUCCGUGCCGUGGGGGGG